AAAACAAACGAGCAAACGUUGCGCUAUUUCGUCGAUUCCGUCACUGCAGUGGGCAGUUUUCUGUGAAUUGUUGUUCAAUGUGGAAAUGCCCCAUUCGGAGUAAAGAGAGCACAAUUGCUGCUGGAAUGCUGUUUGUUUACAUUCAGUCGCCGUCACAAUAGAUGAUUGUCCACAGAAGAAGACUACCGCGUUGGCACCAUUAGAAGUGUACGCAAGGAAAAACAUUCAUCCGUAGUUGCGCAUAUAUGCACCACGUUGCAUUCGGCAUCGCACGCAAACCACACACACCGUUCGAACGGCCCACGAUUCGUUGGGUACUGCGGCGUAGUUGAUGAGCACUAUCAAAUACUGGCUUCUGGUAGCGUUCCGGCUGUUUACGCAUUUUUUCAUUUGACAAUUUAACCGCAUCGGGCAGCUAACGCUCACCAGCGCGACGAGCGCAUCUGGCGGCACUAGCACUAGCUUCUCGCCAACGGCCAGCUGUGGCUAUCUGUCCGUGUCGAAUCUCACGGAGGUGGUGGUGGUAGGUGAGUCGUCGCCGUCGCCACAGCAGCAUCGGGCCACCGUCAAGAGCCUUUGCCCGAGUGUUGCCGUUGUCUGUGAUAGUGAAAGUAGCAGCGUCGCGAUGCUGGACCUGGACCGUCAUCCGCUGCCGGAUCAGCUCGGCUAUCUGGUCCUGUCCGAGGAUGGGUCCGUACACGCUUCCGGCGGCGAGCUGGAAAACGACGAGCGUAGUGCGAACAUUAUAAGCAACCUGCUAACGCUCACCGAAAGUGUCGAUCCAGCUGUAUUCAAUGCACGCUCGUGCAGGAAAGUGUCGAUCGUGUUCGCCGACCACAGCUACACCAUAUGCCUUUCGAACAAACGCAUUUACGUCGUGAAGAAGCGGAACCGGCCGGACGCCAGCGCUACCGGUACCCUGGAGUCGGACGGGCAUUCGAUACUGGCCUGAUUUUGUGCGCGCUUUUCGGAACUAAAAUAAACGAUUCGAUCCGCUUUACUUUCUAA